GUUAUCACCAGCACUUCAAACGGGACCAAAGCACUUAGAUUCUGGCUAAAAUCGUGAGCUAAACCUUGUCCAUACACCAAACAGAUAUCAAAUCUACACGCACCACCCCACUCCUGGACCAAGCUUUCAUCCCUCGUGGUUUGGUUCGGACACGAGCACCAUGGAUGAGAUUGAAGAGAACAUUGAAUUCUUCAGGGAUGCCGUCGAUGAGACGCCGGAAGAUGAUCCAGAAUAUGCAGAAUACCUGGGUUUGCUCGGGUUUUGCUAUACCGAGAGAUAUCGCGUGACCGGGAUGUUAUCUGACCUUGAAGAGGGUAUUCAGUUGACAAAACAAGCUCUUGAUUUCACCUCUCAAGACGAAUCGAGCCAUCGAGAACACUUGAAUCGACUUGGAAUGUAUCUUGGCGAUCGAUAUUCGAAAACAAGGGAAAUAUCAGACCUUGAGGAGGCCAUUCAAUUUGCAAGAGAAGCUGUUACCGCAACUUCACACCAUCCGGAUCGAGCACGACAUUUGCACAACCUUGCCAUCUCCCUUAGCGACCGGUCCUCAAGAACAGGAAUGCUGAGUGAUCUUGAUGAGGCUGUUCAAUGUCUAGAAGACGCUAUUAGCGUAACCCCGCAAGACCUCCUGGAACUGAUAGGACACUUCGACGAACUUGGAAAUUGCUUCGGCAAUCGAUAUUCAGCAACAGGUACAAUGUCUGACCUUGAACAGGCCAUUAGUUAUGCAAGAAAGGCUGUUCAUGAAGCUCCAGAAGACCAUAUGGACCGUGGAGCAUCAUUACAUAACCUUGGAAGUCACCUUCGCAAAAGAUAUCUGAGGAUGGGGACGAUGAGCGAUCUGGACGAGGCUAUUCAAUUUGCAAGGGAUGCUAUUACCGCAACUCCGCAAGACGAUCCGGGUCGAUUGGAGUCCUUGAGCGGCCUUGGAACUCAACUUGGCGAUAGGUACUUCAGAACAGGAGUCAUAGCUGAUGUCGAGGAGGCUAUUCAACUCGCCAGAGACGUUCUCGCCGCGACUCUAAAAGACCACCCAGCACGUGCAGCGCGCUUGAGUAAUCUUGGAACCCAACUUGGCCACAGAUAUUUGCGGUUAGGGACGAUGGCUGACCUCGAGGAAGCUAUCCAAUUCGCGAGGGAAGCUCUCAAUGCAACUCCAAUGGACGAUCUGAAGCGCGCAGGGCGUUUAAGCAACCUUGGAAUCCGCCUCAAUGAUCGAUAUUUAAGAACCGGCGCGAUCGGUGACCUUGAGGAGGCUGUUCAGUUCGCCAGUGAAGCUGUUGAGACAAUUCCACAAGAUCAUGUGGACCGUGCAGAAUGUUUAAGCACUCUCGGGAUCCAACUUGGCACCAGAUUCUCAAGAACGGGGAUAAUGUCUGAUCUUGAAGGGUCCAUUAAAUUCGCGAGAGAAUCUCUCAAUGCAACUACACCAGAGGAUCCGAAUCGACUGGGACGGCUAAACAAUCUUGGAAUUCGGCUUGGCGAUCGAUAUUCAAGAACAGGAAUAAUUGAUGACCUUGAAGGAGCUAUUCAAUUUGCAAGAGAGGCUCUUACCUCGGCUCCUAAGGAUCAUCCGGAUUAUACGCAGCUUUUAGUCAGCCUCGCGAAUCAUCUCAAUGAGAGGUACUCAAGAGUCGGUAUGAUGGCUGACCUUGAAGAGGCUGCUAAUCUCUCAGGGCAAGCUGUUACUUCAACUCCAAAGGGAUCUCUGGGUCGCCUAGGAUACUUGAACAAUCUUGCAAGUCAGCUUGGUGAGAAAUAUGUCAGGACAGGCAAAAUGGAGGACCUCCAUGAAGCAAUUCGACAUGCCCGAGAAGCAGCCAAUACUAUCCCUCAGGGCGACCCCGAGUAUGCAGCUUACUUCAACAACCUUGGCGUUCGACUUGGCGAUCUAUACGCAAGAACAAGAAGAAGAGCCGAUCUUGACGAGGCUAUUCGAUGCACCAGAAAAGCUAUUCAAGUGUUUCCACAAGAACAUCCGGAUCGUGCAGGAUGUCUACACAACCUUGGCAACUACCUUAGCGACCAAUACUCAAGGACAGGAGUGAUGUCUCACCUCGAGGAGGCUAUCCAAUUCGCAACGGAAGCAGCUGAUACAACUCCAAACGGCAACCCGGACCGUUCAAUGUAUCUAAAUGACCUUGCCGUCUAUCUUCACGACAGAUACUUGAAGACGGGAAAAGUUGCUGAUAUUGAAGAGGCACUUUCCCGUCUCCAAUCAGCUUUGCAUCAGGGUUCAUCUCCAGUUCUUGAUCGUAUAGAGACUGGAAGGAACAUUAUUCGAUACUCUGCACUCACUUCCGACUGGACCCAAGCCUAUGAAGCCUCACAGUUUGUGAUUGAUCUUCUUCCACAACUGUCAUCACGAUCACUUGAGAACUCGGACAGGCAGCAUAUACUUAGCCAAGUCGCUGGCCUUGCCUCUAAUGCAGCCGCUGCAGCCAUAAAUGCAGAGAAAGGGCCACUUGGUGCGCUCAGCCUGCUUGAGCAGGGUCGAGGGUUGAUUGCAACGUCUCUCGAAGAGAUGCGAACUGAUAUUCUGGACCUGCAAGAAGCCCAUCCCAAACUAGCGGAUCGAUUCAUUUCGCUGCGCAAUGAACUUGAAGCGCCCAUACCACGCGGCAGCUUUGGCCCAAAUCAUGAGUCUUCCCGGAGGGCUCAAGCGGAUCAGCGUUACCAAGUCGCCAAGGAGCUGGAGACGCUGGUUGCCGAGAUUCAUAAGAAAGAUGGAUUCAACGACUUUUUGCUUGCCCCAAGCGAAAGAGAAAUGCAGGCUUCUGCGCAAUACGGGCCUAUUGCAGUCAUCAACGUUAGCGAGUUUCGCUGCGAUGCAAUUCUCGUUGAGCAGCAGCGGAUACGACUAGUCCCCUUACCAGAUCUAAACAUCGAUGAUAUUAGGACGAGGUCAGGAGAUGGUAAUCUAGGGCGUCCUGAAGUUCUAGAAUGGUUAUGGGAUGUGAUUGCGAAUCCGAUUCUGCAAAGUUUGGGGUUCACGGGGCCUCCAUCUAAUAACGACUGGCCGCGUUUGUGGUGGAUUCCGACUGGUCUUCUCAGCAAAUUUCCCCUCCACGCUGCGGGACGCCACUGCAAAGGCUCUUUCGACGCAGUGUGUGAUAGGGUCAUGUCGUCUUACAGUUCCUCUAUCAAGGCGAUUAUAUAUGGCCGUCAACGCCCGCCUCCUUCCGCAGAUCUGGCGGUCCUUGUUGCUAUGGAGCAUACACCAGGGAACUCGUCACUUCCUUUUGCAACCAAAGAGAUACGGGUGUUGGACAGCAUUUUUGAGUCGAUGGAACUGCAUCCAUUCGAGCCAGAGCGUCGCAAGCAAGACGUCAUGUCGCAGCUGCUGCAGUGCAAGGUGUUUCAUUUCGCUGGCCAUGGCCACACAGACGACGAGGACCCAUCAAAGAGCUACUUGCUUCUGGCAGACGGAAGAGAAAAUCCUCUUAUGGUGGCGGACCUCCUGACGAUGAAUCUUCGCAAACAGUCGCCAUUUCUCGCAUAUCUCUCGGCUUGUGGGACAGGUCAGAUCAACAAUACGAAACUGUUCGAUGAGAGCGUCCACUUAAUCAGUGCAUUUCAGCUAGCGGGUUUUCGUCAUGUCAUCGGAACGCUAUGGGAAGUUAACGAUGAACUCUGUGUUGAUAUGGCGAGGAUUGCGUACGAGGGGAUAAGAGAUGGUGGUAUGACGGAUGAAUCUGUGUGCCGGGGUCUCCACAACGCAACUAGACAACUUCGAGAUCGCUGGCUCAAUAGGCAACCAAACAAAAGAUCCGGAAGUGAAGCCAUUGUAAAGGAAGGGGUUAGGUUGGACGCAAGAUUGGGAGAUGAGAGAUUACCGAGAGAUGCUUUACUAGACGAGGACGAAGAUGACUACGACAAGGGGUUGGAUUCGCUGUAUUGGGUUCCUUAUGUUCAUUUUGGCGUGUAAUUUGUAUUUUCUUACUUGAAGAUACGCAGUGGACUUGUGUAAUCUAGCUUAGUCUCUGUCGCACUCGGUUAUCAAGCAACGCAACGCGC